GGUGUGUGUCGGGGUGCAGGUGCGCGCCCCCGGAACCACUACAACUGGUACAUUAUUUCCCGGGGAGCAUUUCAGCGACGCACUGUUGCCAGCUUUUUCUCAGACGUGUUUGUAAUCGGAUAAAUCCAUCAGUCAUUUUGGCAUGACCGAGCCCGCAGAGAACUCAAACAACUACGAGGAGCUGUUUGCCCACAGGUUUUCGUCGGAGGACCGUGAAUAUCAGCAGUAUGUGAGCCGGCCCGCCGACCCUCCGCCCGUGGUGGAGGACUGGAGGGGCCGCGGAGGUGGCGGCGCAAGAGGCAGAGAUAACAGGUAUCAGGAGCGCCGUGGCCACAGAGGCCGCGGUUGGGGGCGAGACAGGAGUUGGGGAGGAGAGUAUCGUGAGCAGCAUUACAGACAUGACAGAGACAGAAGCUGGGGACACGGAAGUGGGCAACAGUCCGGCCAUUCACGUUACAACCAGGGAUACAACUCCUACAAUCAGAGACCACACUACAAUCGUUACUGAUCUUUACUCAAAAUUCCUCAGUGUUGACAUUGUACCCAGCCCUGCUGUCUGUAAUGCAACAUCAAUUCUGAUGUGUUUUUUUGUUUUUUUUCAUGUGUUUGCUGCGACCAACGUCUUACAGUUACUCAUUAUCAGUGUAAAAUAUGCAAAAUGUGUUUUUCUCAAGUGAGUACCUGUCCGUUAUCUGAUGUUAUUCUUUCAGUCACUUUUUUUAACUCAAAAUUUUGCAGUGGAACCAGUCAGUGGUCAAUGAAAACUUGUCACCUAAAAAAUCGUGACCAAAUCUAUGACUUGCAGUCGUCACAACUCCUGGGACUUUUAAUUGCAGGCAACACUGAAAACCAUUUAGUGUGGCUUUAAUAUAUCAGAAAAAUAGCUACAAUGUGUUACCACUGCAUAGGAGAUCUUUAAUAGUUUACACAAUGGUCAACUUGAAUAAUCUGAAUUAGAUUUUUUUUUUUUUUUCUUGUAAUGGGGAGGUUUGGAAGUCGGUGAUGGUUGCAGAUGCUACAUUAACAUUUUUGUUUCCAAUACUUGAAAUGUUCAGCAGGUCUGGAUAUGUUGUUACAGUGAAUUUACAUUUUGAAAGAAAAUAUACCUGAACUACACGUGUAUUUUCCUAUGUCACAAAGAUGUAUAAGGAUGCAUAUAAGCUGAACUCUCCUCAAUAAAUUUUCUUUUCUUAAUUAUUAUA